AUGCCACCAGGCAGGUUGUGUGUUGCCCAUGCAGGGAACCGGAACCAGCCUUUUAGAGAGCGGGGCCAUCCUCAAGCAAUGAAGACAGAGAAAAUGGAUGAAGGCAACACAUCAGUGCAGGCAGCCAGGCCGCAGACGCUCAACCGCCCCGGCCAGGAGCUCUUCCGCCAGCUCUUCAGGCAGCUUCGCUACCACGAGUCUCCUGGACCAGUGCAGACUCUGAGCCGACUCCAGGAGCUCUGUCGCUGGUGGCUGAGGCCUGACAUCCUCUCCAAGGAGCAGAUUCUGGAGCUGCUGGUGCUGGAGCAGUUUCUGACCAUCCUGCCUGCAGAGCUCCGGGACUGGGUCCAGUUGUACUGCCCCAGAAAUGGGGAGGAAGCCGUGGCCCUGCUGAAGGAGCUGCAGAAAGACCUGGAUGGGACACCACAGGACCCAGCCCCUGCCCAGAGCCCAGAUGUGUGUUGGAUGGGCACAGGAGCCCUGCGAGCUGCACAGUUCUGCUCCCCUGCUUCACCUUUCAAGAGCAGCUCUGUCCCUGGGGACCACCUGGAGCCCCCCUAUGACAUAGGAGUGCGUCACAACCUGGCUGGGCAUUCCGGUCCUCCUCCGGCUGCUCAGGGGCCCACCCUCACUGAGAAAGAAAGGUACACGGGAGAUGACAUGAGGGCAACCAGGCCCCUGGCUGACCAGCCCCAGGAGGCUCUGACUUUCAAGGAUGUGGAGGUGGUCUUCUUCCAGGAUGAGUGGGGUUGGCUGGACUCUGCCAAGAGGAAUCUGUACCGGGAUGUGAUGCUGGAGAAUUACAGGAACAUGGUUUCUCUGGUGGCGCCGUUCCCCAAACCCGCCCUGAUCACCUGGCUGGAGAGAAGGGAGCCCUGGGGCCUGAAUGUCCAGAGAGCUCUGCGAAGAGAGAGUGCAGGUGCUGCCCCUGCAGGUGAGCCGGGUGGCCUUCAGACCAACAAGAUUGUCUCAGGACGGGAACCUUUGGAAGAAGCCAAAAGCUUAGCUGUGCAAUCAGGAUGCUCUGUGGUCAGUGUUACUGAGGGAACUGAGCUUGACGACUCUUCAGAACAUAACAGCAGGUUACAGGAAAAGCGCCGGCGUCCCUGCGUGAUGAGGAUUAAGAAAAAAGGGACAAGUUUCCACCCUGGGAGAAGAAAAGAAUCUGAGGAAUCAAGGACUAGUAGUCUUGGCCUAAAACUUUUGGCAUGUCUGAGGGUUCCUGGAAGAAGGCAAUUUUUGAAGCUUGGCUAUAGCAGGCACUUCCAACAGAGAUCCCCGCACUACAGAGCCAGGGAGUCUGAGAAAGAGUCCAGACUCGAGCUUAGGAGGUUCAGCCUGCAGCCGGGCAUUUCUGCCAUGCUCGAAAGGCAGGAAAAGGACACCGGUGGGGAGGACUCCAGCCACAGCGCUCGUCAGCAGCAGGGCCAGAGCCUUCCCCAGGUGAGGACCUUGUAUCGAUGCAGUGACUGUGGGAGGACCUUCAGUCAAAGCUCCCAUCUUGAGCGUCACCAGAGACUUCAUGCCCAAGAGAAGCUCUUCAAGUGCAGGGUGUGUGGGAAAGCCUUUAGGUGGAACUCCAACUGCACCCGGCACGAGAAGAUACACAGCAGCCUGAAACCUUACAAGUGCAGCUUAUGUGAGAAAGCUUUCCAGCGCCACUCGGCCUACCGUCUGCACCAGAAGACCCAUGCGAGGAAGACCCUCCCCGAAUCCAGUCAGAGGUUAGGCGACCUGCAGAGCCCCAGCGAGAAGACGCCGUUUGACUGCAGCCUGUGUGGGAAAUCCUUCCACUGCAGAUCAUACGCGCUUGAGCACCAGCGCAUUCACACCCAGGAGAAGCCCUUUUCCUGCGACAAGUGCCUGAGAACCUUCAGGUGGAGGUCCAACUUCACGCGCCACAUGAGAAUGCACCAGGAGAAGGAGCUGUACCAGCCCGAACAGCGCAAGGAAGACGCGGGGUCCACCUCCAGCGGCAGCCAGCCCCCCAAGGGCUCCUCUGAGCUCCCCAAGGACUCCUCCGAGGAGAAAUCCUUUCUGUGCCAGCAAUGUGGCAAACAUUUCACGCGAAAGAAAACCCUCCAUGACCAUCAGAGGAUUCACACAGGGGAGAAGCCGUACCAGUGCGGGGAAUGCGGGAAGGCGUUCACCCACCGCUCGGCCUCCAUCGUGCACCAGAAGCGGCACCUGCUUCACAGGAGGCAGGAGCCCGAGCCAGCCAAGGGUCAGGACCAGGACGCACAGGCUUCUCCGCCCAAGCUCAGCGUGGAGAAACCCUACCAAUGCAGCCACUGUGGCAAGGCCUUCACCAGCCACUCAUUCCUCCUCCUCCACAAGAGGGUCCACACCCAAGAGAAGCCCUAUCAGUGUCUGGAGUGUGGGAGGACCUUCAGGUGGAGCUCCAACCUCUCCCGCCACCACCGGAGCCACGCUUUUCAGAAUCACCACAAACGCCUCGACGGCGCAGAGGCCCCAGGCCCGCAGCCCGUAAGCAUGGAGAAGCCUUUCCACUGUCAGGAAUGUGGGAAAAGCUUUACACGCAAGCGCACGCUCUUGGAUCAUCAGGGCAUCCACAGCGGCGAGAAGCGGUAUAAGUGCCACCUGUGUGGGAAGUCCUAUGACAGGAGGUACCGGCUGCUCAAUCACCAGGUGGUUCACAGCAAAGAGAGGCUGUUCACCUGUCAGCAGUGUGGGAAGGAUUUCGUUGGGCUGCUCGCCUUCAGCGCGCACGAGAGCAAACACGCGCAAGAGGCCCAGGGUGAGCGCAGCCUGUCUGAGGGGUCUCACUCUGAGGACCCGGGCUUGAGUUCACAGCAGGCCAAACCCCACGAGGAGGAACCCCUCAAAGAGAGUGGGGAGGCCAGUGUGCAGAACCCAUCCAGGCCCCCCAAACUCCCGAGACUACCCGUUGGCAAAAAGCUCCACAGAUGUAACGUGUGUGGGAAAUCAUUUCAGAAGGGCUCACAGCUCCUUAGCCACAAGAGAUUUCACACGCGCGAGAGGCCCUUCAGGUGCAGUGUGUGCGGGAAAACCUUCAGGUGGUCUUCAAACCUGACUCGGCAUGUGAAGAACCACACGAGAGACUAG